AUGCUGGAGAAAUUGAUUCACCAAAAGUAAGAUAAAUUACCAAAGGAUUCAAAAGUACCUAAGAAAAAUGCCAAUUUUAAUGAAUAUUUAAAGGAGGUUGAUCGCAAAAUAGAGCUUUUGGAGAUUACCUUAAAUUAAAAUACUUAAAAUCCAGCAAUUAAUAAGAGAGAUUCACUCAGGAUAUCAGAUGAUGACAUCUGUCUUUUAAAUGAGGAAUCUAGUUUACUUAGCACACUUAAUAACCUUUAAAGUCCUUUAGACGGCCAUCAAGAGUUUGAUUUUGAUAAAUACUUCCGAUAAUAUGGAGGAAGCGCAAAUACUGAUAGCAUUAGAAAUAUAGAUGCUUUCGAUAAAUAAUUACAAUUAAAUCAACCCAUUCAAAAAGAAAACAUGCUUGCUCAAUAAAAUGUCCAUAAUUAAUCUAGAGGGCUUAUUCCCGCCUCAAAUAACCAUAUCAUCUAUUCAAAUCAAAAUGGAAACAAUUAAAGCUAAGUUCAAACCAUUCCAAUAAAUAUAAAUAAAACGGAAUCCCCAAGAACAACUGGGAACUUUAAUUAUAACAAGUAAUUUAUAGAGGUUGGGGAUAUUAGUGAAAUAGCGGAGGCAAUGGAGGAGGAAGAGGAUAAUGAAAGCUAGUAUAUAGAUAAAAAGCGUUAAAUUAUCAAGAGCAGAUUGAUAAGUGGAGAUUGUUCAGUUAUUCAAAAUUCAGAUAUUCAAUCUCAUCUUAGCUCUGUAAUUUUACAGCAUGCUUCUAACUAUUAAGGUCUAGAAGAGGAGGAAGAUGAGCGAAAAGAAAGAAAAACAUCAUUAACUAUCUCUCAAUAGAAUAGAUGUUAGCAAGAUUCAAGUCUAUAUAGAAGAAAUUCAUUGAAAGAAGACUUUAUCCUUUUUAUUGAGAAUGAAGAAGAUAUAAAAAUUAUAGACAUUAAGCAGACCCAAUAUUAAAGUCAUUUUCCUGGCAUUUAGAAUGCCCAAUAAUCUCAAAGUGGCAUUUCUGCAUCAGAAAUAGACUUAGCAUCUUCGAAUUAGUCAUAAUACUAUUCAAAUUAGGAAAGGAUGUAGAAGUACUCACCAUAGUAUGGGAAUAAGCCCGAGGCUAAAUAGAUUCAGCAGACUAAAUAGCAAUAAAUAGUUGAUAUUAAAUUUAAAAUCAUUCCAACAUCUAGGCAAAAGCCUGCAUUAAAUCAGCCAAGAUUGCAUUUGAAGCAGAGUCAAUAGAAAUUUUAAAUGGACUUAUAACAAAAAUCUUAGAAAAUUCUGCAAAAACUAGAAUCUUUUACUAAAUAACAGCAAGAUUUAAAUUAGAUCGCGAAUUUAAAAAAGGGAGAUAAUCUUAAUAGUAGAAAUAAGGGUUAAAAAUCUGUACUUUAACCAUCAUCUACCAGCUAUAACUUGCUUAACGCUAAGCCUACAUCCAUUGUGGCAAAGCAUAGUUAGAGUCAAAUUAAAAUAACCUUAAAGCACCCAACUUAAUCAGUUAUUUAAUAAUAAACAACAUCUAGCUUAAUUUCUGUAAAUCAAACCAAACUAGAUCUAGGUCGAAAAAGAUCUCCAAAUACAAGAAUUUCUGAUAACUUUCAUUAGAAGCGGCAAUUAGGUUCUAAUAAUAAAUGCUAAACUUCAAGGAAUAAUAUUGAUAAUUUAGCAAUAUCUUUGAAACAAUAGGAUGCAAGCUAAUAAUUUGAGCAAUUUUAUGAUUAAGAGACCUCCUCCAUUUUGAAAAAUUAUGUAACCUAAGACAAUAGAUCAAUAACUCGAUUUGAUUAGCAAGAGUAUAAUAUGUCACUGCUAUAUAAGCAAACAGGAAAUAUACUUCAAAGAUCAUCAAGGUCACCAUAACCAUUCCAAAGAGGAGAAAUAUCAAAGACUGAUUAUUUUUCAUAGAGCAAGAAGAGUCUAACAAAUCUGUAAAAUUAAAAGCAAUAGCAAAAUGCUACAUCAUAACCAAUUGUAGAGAAUCAAAGAAAGCCUAGAAAGGCAAAAGUGAAUUUUAUCAGAAGAAAUUUGACUUAGAGAAAUAUAAUAGGUCGAAUUGUAAAGGAUAGAAGUCCAGCACCACCAAGUAGGAACAAACUUUUAGAGGACAAAAGUUUCCAAAACUUAAGGAGAAUGAGCAAAGGAUUUCUUUCAGAAAGACCAACAAGCGAUGAUGAAACGGACAGAGGAGAUAUCAGUAACACUAGAGAAAUACAGAGGACAAUGAUAUACACCACUGAUGCUGCUUCAGAAUUCGAUUUGAAGAAAAGACUAAGUCAUUGUAACAUUGCUAACGGAACAUCGUUUGAUGGAGAAUCAAAUUCAUCUUUAGUUUAAUUGAAAUCACUAGAUCUGAUAAAUGAUUUUGUCAAUAAAAUGGGAAAUAAUAUGGCAAGCUAAAAAUGUGAAUUAAAAAAUGAUCUUUUGACUAAAUCAAGAUGCGACCAAGAAUUUGAGCGAGUUCUUCAGGAUCUCGAGCUAAACAAAAAAGAAAAGCCUCAAUCAAAACAUUAACUCUAUAAAAUUCUUUCUCAAACUCCACAUCCUCAUCUCUACCCAAUGAAGGUAGCAGGAACCAAGAAAUAUUCUUAAUAAAUUUCUCCUAAUAUGUCGACUAGUAUUCCUUUCGGGAGAGGUGAUUUGAGCACUACUAAUUACAACUCCCAGAGCAUUACUCAAUCUAGAAUAGGAGGUACAAAUGCUGGAGGUCCAACUCCAGUAUCUCCAGCAAAACACAAUAUCAGUCAUUCGAAGCUAAAAACAAUUUACUCUCAGCAUCGAUCUAGUCCCUCCAUGAAGACAUUAAUGUCAUUAAAAUCAAUGAAUACCACUCAUAAGAGAGCUGAUUCUCUAAUAAACAAGAAUACUUCUUAUCUUUAGCUGUAAGUAGGAGUAAAAAACCAAAAUCUUAAUGGAGAACUUUCCUAUAAGCAAGAUUUUCACAAGAAUAUAUUUUUCCCUCUCAUUGUAAACAAGAAUAUUAUUGCCGCAGAAUCAGAUGAAACUUAAAGUGUUGAAACGAGUAAACUUUAAAUGCAAAAUGGCGAUGCCUCACUCUUUUAAAAUCACCCCUACUAUCAAGAUUUUGAGCAUAAGAUGCACGAUUACCUAUAACUCAAUAAGAUUGACAAAGCUAUUAACAUACUCGAUGAAGACUUAAAUGAUGAUCCCCAGAAACAGAUUAUAGAGGCCUUCAAGAAUUCUACAUUAUUUUAAGAUUUAAUUAGAAAAAAUAAUGGAAUUGUUGAGGACAAUGGAUAAGUUUAUAAUCUUAGAAAUAAUGAAGAAAUGGUCAGAUAUGUUAACAGAGAAAUAGAAAAUAAGGAGAAAACUUAUGAUGCUUAAGAUACUCAAUAGCUAGUAUAUAAUAGAAGGCAAAUCAAGUAUCUUUUCAGUUCCCUGAUAGAGAAAAACUAUGAAUAACAAAUGAAGCCUGACUAUGAAAAGCAGUUUCAAAAUGACUUAUUCAAGACUACUGCUUAAAAUGAUUAUGAGAAUCAAUAAAGCCUGAUUAAGAAAUCAAAAAAAUUAGACCUCUUUGAUCCUUUAAAGGUCCUAGACUACUACUAGCAGAGUAAGAAUCAUAAAAUUGCUUAAGCAUAGGAAGAUGAAAUUAAGAACAAAAUUAUCGAAUUCGCAAGGGGAUUAGAAAUGGAUAAAAAUAAAGACUAUGAAAAAUUGAGAUAAAAAUUUCAUCUCACUUAUAAUUUCAGUCAUAAGGAUUAACUUGAAGGAGAAGAUCCUAAUUCAAUCAAGAAGUAGCUAGCAAGAUUCCUCUCAGAAUAGAAGCUAAAAGUUGAUUUAGUUGAUCACUCUGAAGAAGUUGGAAGGGGAGUUUUCUUUGAUGAAAAUAACAAAAUGAUAGAUUAUGACUAGUAUAUUCAGAAAGAUAAGACAACUUUGGGCUCAAACAGAAAUGUGGAUCAAUACUAUCUCAAUAAUGAUAAUUACAAAGAUGAUGUGCCCUUUGAUCUAUAUAAUAUGGUCAGUCUGGCUAAGAGGAUCGAUUUUAAAACUAAACUUGACUUAAACCUUGCAGAUAUAACUAAAGAUAUCAUAAAGAGCUAAUUCGAUGAGAAAAACGAAUUAAACACAAUAUAAGACUUAGCAAGGAAGCAUUUACCGAAGGAAAUCAUUGAGGAAGACGGAUAAUUCUAUAUUCAAAGUAUAACAGAUUUAGAAUAAAAUAAGAGUGCAAAGAAAAAUGAAGCUGGUCAAUCCAAAUUAGAAUUAGAGUAAAAUGCAAUGAAAAAAUCUAGUUCAAGCAGGAAUUUCAUCGAAAAUAUUAAAAACAACAGCCAAUAGUAAUCAGAUGAUCUAAGCUAGUAAUAAAUGCCCAGGAGUAAAUACAAUAAGUGGUAUAUAAAUGCAAACCAUAGAUUUUAGAAAGAAAUUAAUCUGAAUAAGCAGCCAGGUAUUAAGGUAUUUGAUGCUUAGAAAUUCAAAAAUUCCAGUGAGCUAAAAAAAUCAGGGUUCAUCCCAUAUUUUAAAUUUGGAAAGUAUACUCAGUAUGAUAUACAGCAAGACCAUGAACUAAAGGAUGCAAUGGCUAAAUAUCAAAAUAUCUAAAAGCACUUGAAAGACAACGAGAUUGCUCUCGUUUAUAAGAAUUACCUAUCUGAGAAGAAAGGAGGAGAUAAAUUCUUACCAAACUACUUAAAGAAACUUAAGCCAAUUACACCAAAGAAUAAAAAUAAUAAAAAAGAUGAUUUCUUCAGUUGA